AUGUUGUCAACAUUCGGAGAAUUGUUUGGAGAUCAUGGUGUUAAUGACUUUGGAGUGAAUGAUGGCAAAUUGUGGUCCACCGAGCUGGUUAACGUACCAUUCCUAGAUCGCAGCACAGUAGGAUCGUUACUUGAUCUGGACGAUUCACCACCAACAUAUGACGAGUAUUAUACGACAAAGCUUGCUGUGCCAUCAUCAAUUUAUCCUAUGGAACUAGCGCGAUUUGGCAGCAUCACGCCUCCCACCGUUUCCAAUGAUCGCCAGACAAACGCUUCAUCCUGGCAAAGUUUCAACGAAUCUAACGCACAGAUGACACAUUCUAAUGAGCUCCUCGGUUCGCCGUUAUCCGCCAGUGGAGAAACGAUGACCUCCGGUAGCACAGCUUCCGCUGUAGGAUAUGGAAGUACCACCAAACGAUCCCGAACGGCAUUUACUAGCUCUCAGCUGGUAGAACUGGAAAAGGAAUUCCACUCCAACCGCUACCUAUGCAGACCGCGGCGCAUUGAGCUGACUCGUAAACUAGCACUCACCGAGCGUCAGAUUAAAAUAUGGUUCCAGAAUAGGCGCAUGAAGCACAAGAAAGAGAGCUCCAAUGUGAAAGAUAUCAACAAGAUGAAAACUUCGUGCCACUGCACGGACGGAGACUCCUCGUUAUCUCCGAAAAUGUUUUCACCAUCGUCUCCGCACCGCUUCCAAGUUAUCACUGCAGAUGACAGCGAUCGCAAUGGGCACCAGAAUAUUGUCAACCGGCUUAUGGCACACUCCACGUACGCUCCAAGGAUGAUAGCUCAUAACAAUCAUAGUGUCGGUACCAACAAAAAUGGCUCUGGGGAAAAUAAUUUCUCGCAGGUUGGUCAGCUACAGCAUUGCACCACACAGUCUACGAACGAAUCGAGACCUACGUAUCAAUCGACUGCUCCCGCAAUCGAACCUAAUGCAAUGUUUGUCCGAUCAAAUCCGUGUGCUGACUUGCUAGGACAGUCAAGCUUAAUCCUGCCCAACGACGCAGAGGCCGAUGCGGAGCUUCAAGAUUUCGAAAAUUACGCGUAUUUCCCCUCGUUACUUCAGGCACUUGAUACGACCAUUCUUCCCCUCACAUCGCCCACUACGCCAACGGCGACAACGAUUGAUGAAUCACUCAAGGAACCUUCGCAGAUGACUAUGAUCCUAAUGCCUUCGUCAUCCUCUGCCAGUGAAGAACCGAUCAUGGCCAACCCUUUGGUUGACACUUCGCUCCCGCUCCUUGAUGUUCCUGUUCGCCAGUCUUGUGCCGCUUCCUCGGCAGCCCCGGACAGCAGCAUCGUUGGUGUUAGUACGCCAUCUGUCACUAUUCAGUGGGGCAAUAAGAACCACCAAAAACAGCACCACAAUAAUCUCCACCUUCACCAGGGUGCUGCAAUCGGAGAUUCGAACAAUAACAAAAGCAAUAUAUUCGACGCCCUGUGCGGCGGCUCGUCCCUGGGCCAUCAGCAGCAUCGCGUUCAGCUGCAACACAUUCCAUCAUCAAUUAAACAGCAACAGCAGCAACACACCGUGGGAGUGGGAGUGAACGUUUCCUUGCACGCGGCCGCCAUCGCUUCAGCCGCCUCGACAAACUCGAUGCUUUCCUCGACUGACAACGCAAAUAGCGUCUUUCUGGAGCUUUAG